GGAGAGAAAAUGACAAAAGUGAUUUCCAAUGAGAACAAUUAUCAAGAAACGUUACAUGGUCUCAAAUUUAUCAGGGAAGAAAAAGUGCAAAGGAGCACUGCUUCACACAAAUUCAAUAUUCCUCGACAUGUAAAACGACACCAAAUCAGUCACGACAAAAGCUAACCCCUGAAGCAUUGUCGACAACACAACGUUGUUUUGUUGAAUCAAUUCUUUCAAAACUGACAAUUCCCGUUUCUCAGCCUUGAAAUUGCACAAAACCUUUCUCUCUCUAAUAUAUAAAUCUAUAGAUAAACCAGAGUGUUUUGAGGAGUCGGUGGGAUUUUUCUUAGGGGCUUUCGUGGUUUUUUAUGAAUUGGAAAACCGAGAAAGGAUUUUAGAAAUCUCGACCUGUAUUGAAUUAUUUGUACGAAACCGAUGUUUCAAGAAGAUGGAUCAUCAUCUGUAACCUCGUCACCACUUCAAAUGUUUCCGAUGAUGUCCCUUUCACCUGGUUUUAUCUCACCACAUCCAUGGCUUAAGGAUCUUAAACCUGAGGAGAGGGGGCUAUAUUUAAUACAUUUGUUAGUCACUUGUGCAAAUCAUGUGGCCACAGGCAGCCUUGAACAUGCAAAUAUAGCCCUCGAUCAAAUUUCCAAUCUUGCUACUCCCGAUGGUGAUACGAUGCAGCGACUCGCUUCGUAUUUUUCCGAGGCUCUUGCUGAUAGGAUCCUUAGAACUUGGCCUGGUAUUUACAAAGCAUCUCGUUCGACUAGGAUUUCGAUUGUUGCAGAAGAAAUUUUUGUGAGGAAAAUGUUUUUCGAGUUUUUGCCGUUUAUGAAGGUGGCUUUUGUGAUCACGAACCAAGCUAUUAUUGAAGCCAUGGAAGGAGAAAAAAUGGUUCAUGUUAUUGACUUAAAUGCAACAGAACCUGCACAAUGGCGUGCACUCAUUCAAGAUUUGAGUGCUCGUCCUGAAGGUCCACCUCACUUGAGAAUAACGGGAAUCCAUCAGCAAAAGGAGGUUUUGGAACAAAUGGCUCAUGUAUUGAUCGAGGACGCGGAAAAGCUGGAUAUCCCGUUUCAGUUUAAUCCCAUUAUUAGCAAACUAGAAAAUCUGGAUGUGGAAAAAUUGCGCGUCAAAACUGGGGAGGCUCUAGCAAUUAGUUCCAUUAUGCAGUUGCAUUCCCUCUUGGCCUGCGAUAAUGAACUCAAGAAAAAGUCCCCGUCCACGCCAAUGAGUGAUUUUGGAGUUCACUUACGAAGGGUCGCACAAAUGAACCACGGCACUUUAGGGGAAUUGCUUGAAAAAGAUAUGGUUAGUGCUUAUAGUCCAUGUCAAGAUUCGGCUUCUUCUUCGCCACUAUGUACAACAGCAUCAGCAGAUAUUGAUAACUUUCUUAGUACUUUAUGGAGUUUGAACCCAAAGGUCAUGGUGGUGACUGAACAAGAUUCUGACCAUAAUGGGAAGAACCUAAUGGAGAGGAUAUCCGAGUCUCUGUACUUUUAUGCUGCAUUAUUUGAUUGUAUGGAGUCGGCUUUGCCAAGAGCAUCUUUGGAGAGAUUGAAGAUGGAGAAGAUGUUGUUAGGCGAGGAGAUCAAGAAUAUUAUUGCUUGUGAGGGAGCCGAGAGGAAGGAAAGACAUGAGAAGCUUGAAAAAUGGGCUCAAAGAUUUGAUUUGGCUGGUUUUGCUAAUGUUCCUUUAAGCUAUUAUACUAUGUUGCAAGCGAAGAGAUUGCUUCAAGGUUAUAAUUGUGAUGGUUAUAAGAUCAAGGAAGAAAAUGGCUGUGUGGUGAUCGGCUGGCAAGAUCGACCCCUUCUCUCUGUAUCAGCUUGGAGAUUUAGGAGGUGAAAUCUUUAUAGAUUCACUUGGUGUUCUUUUUUUCUUUUUUUUUUUUUUUUUUUUUAGUUGUCACUUCCUUGUUCAUCUGUUGUUAAUUUGCAGGACAAAACUUUAUCUUGUCCUAAUUAGAAAUAGUCGUAUAACUUCUAUGUUCUUCUCCACCCCCGUUGGAACGUUUGUUGAAGAAUCUUUUGUAAUUAAUUUCCAGUCCAGCUCAAUUAAAGAGAUCAUGCUUGCAAAGUUC